AGCUCUCUUGAGUCACCCCCGCGCAGCCUAGGCGCUGAGUGCGAGUCGGACUCGGUCCGGGCCCACGCUGCUGUGUAGAGCUUGCAGCCCUUUCUUUUCAAGAUGCCUGAGGAAGUGCACCAUGGAGAGGAGGAGGUGGAGACUUUCGCCUUUCAGGCAGAAAUUGCCCAACUCAUGUCUCUCAUCAUCAAUACAUUCUAUUCCAACAAGGAAAUUUUCCUUCGGGAGUUGAUCUCCAAUGCUUCUGAUGCCUUGGACAAGAUUCGCUAUGAGAGCCUGACAGAUCCUUCCAAGUUGGACAGUGGUAAAGAGCUGAAAAUUGACAUCAUCCCGAACCCUCAGGAACGCACUCUGACUUUGGUGGACACUGGCAUUGGCAUGACCAAGGCUGACCUCAUAAAUAACUUGGGAACCAUUGCCAAGUCUGGUACAAAAGCAUUUAUGGAGGCUCUUCAGGCUGGUGCAGACAUCUCUAUGAUUGGGCAGUUUGGUGUUGGGUUUUAUUCUGCUUACCUGGUGGCAGAGAAAGUGGUGGUGAUCACAAAGCACAAUGACGACGAACAGUAUGCCUGGGAGUCUUCUGCUGGGGGAUCCUUCACUGUGCGUGCUGACCAUGGUGAGCCCAUUGGCCGAGGUACCAAAGUGAUCCUCCACCUCAAAGAAGAUCAGACAGAGUACUUAGAGGAGAGGCGGGUCAAAGAAGUGGUGAAGAAGCACUCGCAGUUCAUUGGCUAUCCCAUCACCCUCUAUUUGGAAAAGGAACGGGAGAAGGAGAUCAGUGAUGAUGAGGCAGAGGAAGAGAAAGGUGAGAAAGAGGAGGAAGAUAAGGAUGAUGAGGAGAAGCCCAAGAUUGAAGAUGUGGGUUCAGAUGAGGAAGAUGACAGUGGUAAGGAUAAGAAAAAGAAAACCAAGAAGAUUAAGGAGAAAUACAUUGAUCAAGAAGAACUGAACAAGACCAAGCCCAUUUGGACCAGAAACCCUGAUGAUAUUACUCAGGAAGAAUAUGGAGAAUUCUACAAGAGCCUCACUAAUGACUGGGAAGACCACUUGGCAGUUAAGCACUUCUCUGUAGAAGGUCAGCUGGAAUUCAGGGCAUUGCUCUUCAUUCCCCGACGGGCUCCCUUUGACCUUUUUGAGAACAAAAAGAAGAAGAACAAUAUCAAACUUUAUGUCCGCCGUGUGUUUAUCAUGGAUAGCUGUGAUGAGUUGAUACCAGAGUAUCUGAACUUCAUUCGUGGUGUGGUUGAUUCUGAGGACUUGCCCCUGAACAUCUCCAGAGAAAUGCUCCAGCAGAGCAAAAUCUUGAAAGUCAUCCGCAAAAACAUUGUGAAGAAGUGCCUUGAGCUCUUUUCUGAGCUGGCAGAAGACAAGGAGAACUACAAGAAGUUCUAUGAGGCAUUCUCUAAGAAUCUAAAACUUGGAAUUCAUGAGGACUCCACCAAUCGACGACGGCUUUCUGAGCUGCUGCGCUAUCACACCUCUCAGUCUGGAGAUGAGAUGACUUCCUUGUCAGAGUAUGUCUCUCGUAUGAAGGAGACUCAGAAGUCUAUCUACUACAUCACAGGUGAGAGCAAAGAGCAAGUGGCCAACUCCGCCUUCGUAGAGCGGGUGCGGAAGCGUGGCUUUGAGGUGGUGUACAUGACCGAGCCUAUCGAUGAGUACUGCGUGCAGCAGCUGAAGGAGUUUGAUGGGAAGAGCCUGGUGUCUGUGACCAAGGAGGGCCUGGAGCUGCCUGAGGAUGAGGAGGAGAAGAAGAAAAUGGAAGAGAGCAAGGCUAAGUUUGAGAACCUCUGCAAGCUCAUGAAAGAAAUCUUGGAUAAGAAGGUUGAGAAGGUGACAAUCUCCAAUAGGCUUGUGUCUUCUCCCUGCUGCAUUGUGACCAGCACCUAUGGCUGGACAGCCAACAUGGAGAGGAUCAUGAAGGCCCAGGCACUUAGAGACAACUCUACAAUGGGCUACAUGAUGGCCAAAAAGCACCUGGAGAUCAACCCCGAUCACCCCAUUGUGGAGACACUGAGGCAGAAGGCUGAGGCAGACAAGAACGACAAGGCUGUCAAAGACCUGGUGGUGCUCCUGUUUGAAACUGCACUGCUGUCCUCUGGCUUUUCCUUAGAGGACCCCCAGACCCACUCCAACCGCAUCUACCGCAUGAUCAAGCUAGGCCUGGGCAUUGAUGAGGAUGAGGUGACAGCUGAGGAACCCAGCACUGCUGUUCCUGAUGAGAUCCCCCCACUUGAGGGAGAUGAGGACGCCUCUCGCAUGGAAGAAGUAGAUUAGGCGCCUUCCGAUUCCCAUUUGGAAACCUGUGCCCUCUGUAUAGUGUCCCCAUAACUCCAUAACAGCCUUGAAUGGUCCUGUCCUGCCUGGCUCCCUCUGCUGAUGCCUAGUGUUUUUGUUUCUUCCUCCUGUCCUUGUGUGUAAGGCAGGAAAGAGGGGCCAAAGGUCUUGGCCCCUCUCUCAUCUUGACAGCAGGGUUGGGUGUUGUGUAAUGUGUUUUUAUUUUGUUCUGAAAUUAAAGUAUGCAAAAUAAAGAAGAUGCAGUUUUAUACAG